UCGAGGAAACACGUGUGUUGAAGCAGCCCUGGACGCUGCCGGGCCAGGCCGGUGCCCUGGUCACUGCCGGGCCAGGCCGGUGCCCUGGCACCGCUCGGGCCGCCGGAACCGCAGCCCCAGCACAGCCCCUGCCAUCCCGGCAGCCCGGCCGCGGCUGCUCGGGCUCGGCACUUACUUCUCAUGCUGAGGUCGAUGGGGUUCAGGCUCGCAGCGUGAACCUUAAUGAUGACCUCGUUCGGGAAGUGUAUGAUGGGGAACAUCAUCUCCCUGGUGAAGCGCAGCACCUCGUUGCUGCCGUAACGGUCUAUGACCCAGCUGGGCAUGGCGAUCCGCGCCCGCGGAGAGGCGCGGAACCCGCGGGCCGGUACCCGCCCGUUCGCCCAGCGCAGCGCCCGCCCGCCCGCCGCUCCCCACGACAGCAUGGCCGGGGCAGCCAGGCCGGGCCGGGACCCAGGUUCACGAUCGGGAUCAGGACAGGGAUAAGGAUCGGGAUAAGGAUCGGGCCAAGGAUCGGGCCGGGGCGCUCCUUCGCCCCACAGCGCUCAGCCGGGCGGGCCCCGCAGCCAAUGGGCGGCCGCCUUCUUGGCCGCCCUGCCAAUGGUGCCGCGGGGUAUUGCGGCAAGAUGGCGGCGUGCGGCCGCCGCGCCGGGGACGGGUAGGGGUCGCUCGGCGGGCGUGAGGAGGUGGCGACGGACAGGGAGAAUCAUGCUGCGCGCCUCUCUCCGACAGGUGUCGGCGGCGUUGAAGGAAGGACGAGUCGCUCCCACGGAGCUCUGCCAGCGAUGCCUGGCCCUCAUCAAAAACACCAAGUUUCUGAAUGCAUACAUCACCGUAGCGGAAGAGACCGCUUUGAAGCAGGCUGAAGAAUCAGAGGAAAGAUAUAAAAGAGGUCAACCACUGGGCAUUCUAGAUGGAAUUCCUAUUGCUGUAAAAGACAACUUUAAUACAGCUGGCAUUGAGACAACAUGUGCAUCAAACAUGCUGAAAGGUUAUAUUUCUCCUUACAAUGCUACAGUAGUUCAGAAGUUACUGGAUCAGGGAGCUGUGCUUUUAGGUAAAACAAACCUAGAUGAAUUUGCAAUGGGUUCUGGGAGCACGGAUGGAGUAUUUGGACCAGUCAGAAAUCCCUGGAGUUAUUCAAAACAGUACAAGGAAAAGUCUGUCCCAAAAUCCCAUUCUGAAGAUGAAGAGUCAAACUGGGUAAUAACAGGAGGGAGCUCAGGAGGCAGCGCGGCUGCUGUGUCGUCUUUCACAUGUUUUGCAGCCUUAGGGUCAGACACAGGAGGAUCUACCCGAAACCCUGCUGCUCACUGUGGUGUUGUAGGUUUAAAGCCAACAUAUGGACUGAUCUCUCGCCAUGGUCUCAUUCCUCUAGUGAACUCCAUGGAUGUGCCAGGAAUCCUAACCAGAUCUGUGGAUGAUGCUGCAGUUUUGUUAGGUUCACUUGCUGGACAUGAUCCUAAGGACUCUACCACAAUUCAGGAUGACUUCAAGCCAUUUGAACUACCUAAUUUGACUGAUGUCAGCAAGCUUUCAAUUGGAAUUCCAAAGGAAUAUCAUGCACCAGGGCUGUCUAGUGAAAUUCUGGCUCUCUGGUCAAAAGCUGCUGACCUGUUUAAGAAUGCAGGUGCUAAAGUGGUUGAAGUGAGCCUACCACACACUCCUUACUCAAUUGUCUGCUAUCAUGUGCUGUGCACAGCAGAAGUGGCAUCAAAUAUGGCCAGGUUUGAUGGACUGGAAUAUGGACAUCGUUCUGACAUGAAAGAUUCCACCGAAAGUAUGUAUGCUGCAACACGGAGAGAAGGCUUCAAUGAUGUCGUAAGAGGGAGGAUUCUGUCAGGAAACUACUUCUUGUUGAAACAGAACUAUGAGAAGUACUUUGUCAAGGCACAGAAAGUGAGACGUCUCAUUGCCAACGACUUUGUGAAGGUUUUCAGGAGUGGUGUUGAUAUUUUACUCACUCCCACCACUCUGAGCGAUGCAGUGCCUUACACAGAAUUCAUCCAAGAAGACAACAGGACCCGCAGUGCUCAAGAUGACAUCCUGACACAGGCUGCAAACAUGGCAGGACUGCCAGCCAUAAGUGUUCCUACAGCUCUUUCAGAGAGAGGCUUGCCAGUUGGGCUUCAGUUCAUUGGACGUUCAUUCCAGGAAAAGCAGCUUCUCACUGUAGCCAAAUGGUUUGAAAAACAAGUACAAUUCCCAGUGAUUCAACUAGAAGAAGUAGAGAGGCAUGACAGUGAUGUCUUUCAGCAUCAGAAAUCUGCUUCUUUUUCAUAGCCUGGGUCUUGCUACUCAGCUAGAGCAAGACAGCUGUGGGGAUGGUCAAGAAACUAAUUUCUGCAGUUAAUUGUCUUUUGCAGAAGUAAUAAUCUGUUCUAAGAAGAUGUUAUGCAGUAAUGCACAAUGGAAUCACGACAGCUUGUUACAGUGUAAUUAAGGCAAUGUGAAUCAUUAAGUAAACAUUACCACAUUAUUAAGCAACAUUUCUUACUGAUAUUAAAAAUACCAAGUUGAAAUUGUGUAUGUUAUGCCUGUGAAGCUGAUUUUUUAAUCCCUAGAGGGUGUGUAAGGUAUCUAACCAAUUAAAGAACUAGCCUGAACUGUGGUGCGAAAACUUCGUGGUUGCCAAAGGGCUUGGUUUCCUUCUGGAGUGUAGACUUUUGUAAUGGCAACAACUAGACAAGCUCUGUUGGAACAAAGGCAUCAAGGAUCUGUUUACCAAGAGUUAAAUACAAAGGGAAACAAGGGAAUAACUUAGAACCAUAGAAUCCUUUAGAUUAGAAAAGACUUUUGAGAUCAUCAAGUCCAACCAGCACUACAAAGUUCAUCAUUCAAUUAUAUCCCUAAUGCCACAUCUACACAUCUGUUAUGUGAUGAUUAUUAAGGCCAUUGUGAGAAAGCUAAAUCACACCUGCAUUUAGAUCCCUGUUUUAUCAAUAUCCAAGCUGUGGAAGUGUUAGUUCAUUUUAAAAACCAAAAUGUUCCCUACUUCUAGUUAACUUGUGCA